AUGUGGCCCAUAUAUCUGCUAUUCAACAAGAUUCUCAAGACAGGAGAUGAAAGAGAACUAAAAGGAGAUCAUUUGAAUGCAAUAGAUCCAUACCUGUUUCAGCAACCAUCCAGUAGAUCAUUUGAUGUGGCCCAUCCUCCCUCCUUGUGCCGUUCACACCUCCUUGAAGUACCACACGUAAAUCAAAUAUAUACAUGGGACUGUGGUCUUGCUUGUGUCUUGAUGGUUUUGAAAACUAUUGGUGUCAACAACUACGACAUUCAAGCACUGGCUGAACUUUGCUGCACGACCAGCAUUUGGACUGUUGACUUGGCGUAUUUAUUGCAGAGAUUCUCUGUUGCUUUUUCCUACUUCACAGUGACUUUUGGUGCAAACCCAAACUAUUGCGUUGAAUCAUUUUACAAGGAGGAACUGCCUAAUGAUCUAGUGAGAGUGGAUUUGCUAUUUCAGAAAGCAACGGAAGCUGGGAUUGAUAUACAGUGCAGGUCGUUGAGUGCUGAAGAGAUUUCCAUUCUCGUAUUGUCUGGGAAAUAUAUUGCUAUUGCCUUAGUUGACCACAACAAAUUGAGUCAUGUUUGUCAAGAAGGUGUUCCUGUGCCUGGUGUCUUUGGCAACAACCCUGGCUAUACAGGUCACUAUGUGUUGAUAUGUGGCUAUGAUGCUGGAGCAGAUAUGUUUGAGAUUAGGGAUCCUGCCAGCUCUAAGAAACACAAGAGGAUUUCUUCAAAGUCUUUAGAAGAAGCUCGGAAAGCCUUUGGUACUGAUGAGGAUCUUCUUUUGAUAUGUUUGGAGAAGAGCAACAAGCGUCAUCAACCUUCUCUGCAAUUAUCCAUUGAUGUAAAUAGUGAUUCUUGA